UCCAGUUUUCAUUGGGUUGUAAACAUUAGUUCGUGAAGGUUCGUGCUUCUCUGUUAUUGGUUAUUGUUCUAGUAAUUGCCGUGGAAUUUGAUAUUUUUUUCUGGAUUUCGACUUUGUAUCAGUACUUGACGCAUGAGCCAACGCCGAAUUUCAAGUUAUGUUGCUGGGGUUGCUUUUGAACAAAGAGAGUGGAAGAGCGGGUCACUGUUAACGCCGCUAGUCAGUCCACUUUAUUAUUAGUUUCUAAAGAAGUUCUUCGCAUUUUCCCCCUCAUCAUCAGUACACGGCCAACGAAGACGGACGAACCUCUUACAUAUGGUGCCUGUCUUAUUUGAAUAAUGUGAGCAAUUGUGAUUGUGGCAAGGUGACGUGAGUUAUUAUUAGCUCUGUGAUGGCUGUGAUCGUGCGGAGACAUGUUGAAUAGUUGCUCGAGAUUUUCACCCAGUAACACACUUGAAAAUUCUGGCAUUACGAUUGCCAUGAUCUGAAAGGGCGAAAAUAAUCGUUCGCCUUUGUUAUCAUGAUAUUGUAGAAGAUCGUCUGCGAUCAACGCUGGGAUGAGUGCUUGUCAGGUCAAUGACAAUGGUAUCACUGGCCCAAAACCCUUCAACAAUGCCUUUUGUAUUGGAACAGAAAAUGAUAAAGCAGAUUCCGUGUCAACUAUGCCUCCAAUGCCUGAUGUCGAACAAGCUACAGUUGCAGAAGAUCCACCCGAAAUUCUGGGGUCAGUGGUCCAGAGUCAUGAAAUGGAAAACGGGGACAAAAACAGUUCUGUUCAACUUCGAACCAGUGCACGUGUUUCAAAGAAGAUGCGCUUGGACAUCAUUGCUAACCAGACUCCCCCUGAGAGAAAAGAUUUGCCUAAAGAAGAAGACAAGCUUGAUGCCAAACCAAAGAGAAGGCCAUUUGAAUUGUGGCCAUUAGAGGACAAAAAUACUUUUUUCGAAGCAUUGAAUGAGUUUGGGAAAGAUUUUGAUGCAAUUCAAAGAUAUUUUGAAGCUAAAGCAAAACGUAAAAGUCUCCCUGAACAUAUGAUUAAAAAUAAAGAGCAGAUAAGACAUUUCUAUUAUAGGACAUGGCACAAAAUAUCCAAGCACCUGCGCUUCCCAGAUGAAACGAAAAAGGCAACUCAAGAAUUAUAUGGCCUCAUUAACUUUGGAGAACUAAGAAAAAAACUAGGAAGUGUGUCAGAGAAAACCAGCCUCAAGCUCAGUGAACUUAUUUACAGGGGCUUUACUACUAUCAGGGUAAGAGGAAAAAAUAUUCGUGUGAAAACCCCUAUUUGUCGAGCUUUACGCAAGUUAAACCAGCAAGAAGAUCUAGCUGAAGAUUUGAAGUUACCAACAAGAGUAACCGUUGAGCUGCAACCAAGAACAAAUGAAGCAUGGGCACGUGUGCAGGCCACUGCUCAAAAUCCCAGGGUUCAAACUCUGUUGCCUCUGCAGCGUCGUUUAUCAACUCUUCUUAGCUAUCUUGAACAACGGUGGCAACCACACACACUUAAGCACUGUGAGAGACUGCAGUCACAGCUGAAAGAAGUAACAGCCAACAUGGAAUUGACAAAUGACGCUCCAUCUACAGCAGUGGACAAUGGAGUUGGACUGACUGAUGGUAAACGAAAUAACCCUGAUAUUAAUCUAUCUGAUGACCUUGGAUCAAGAAAAGAGUUUCGUAAGCCACAAUAUAUUCUUCGUGUCGCCCCAAAAUCCAAUGCAACCAUUACUCCUCUUACAAUAAAUCUUAGUGAAUAUUUUACCAGCUCCCGUUUAAGUUUAAACUCUCAUGAAGGUAGAUUAGGUAACCAUGCUGCUGAACAACUUUUCAACUCAAUGCUACAUGCUAGCAAAGGAUGUGGGAGAAGGGGAACAAAGCGUCAGAGGAAUGACAGUUCUAGUGAUAAGAAAAAGGAACUACAGAUAUCUCAACUAGAUUCAUCACCUGAAAAAUCAAAGGAUGGUUCUCAGUCAGGUGCCUACACACAAGUUGAAAAUGAAGAUGAAAAGCCAUCAUGUCCUUUCCGCCUUUUUGGAAGUGGCAUCAAUCUAGAUGCUAGCAGUAGUAGCGCAGACUCAGGUCAUGGAGAGUUAAAGGUUAAUGGGGAAUCUGUAAAGUCUUCAGCAAAGAAUUCUGGUGUUAAAGAUGACACAGAUAAUGUUCAACCAGGAAGUUCCACUAUUGGUGGUAAUAUUCAAGACAACGCUGUUUGCUCUGUAAACCAGCAGACCAAUUCAACCGAAUCCAAUGAAGAUGUUAUCAAACGAGUCCGCUCUGGCUGGAAUAUUGACAAUGCUAAUGCUGCUACCAUUGGUGAACUCUAUUUAAUGUUUGGCGCAGAUUCAAAAGUUAAAUUGGAGUACUGGUGGGAAGACCGGCUACAGAGCUCAUCUCCAGAAGUUACUUCAAAUGUUUCAACAGACGCUAAAGAUCUACAAAGUUUUAUCAAUAAACCAUUACUUGAAGGUUUGAUAGGCCAGAAGGAUCAAGUGAGCCCCACCAAUCAACUCUCCCUACCUCUGAAAAAACUAUUGUCUCUUGCCAAAAUGUGUAGUUCCCAAGCUAAGUGCCCAUGUGGUCAUGUUUGCAAUGGGACACCAAAGUCUAACGUGCCAAAGACAAAAGUAACCCGCCCAUCACGAGGCAUCAUUGAAGUUGAUAAGGUACUCAACUCUGAUUUGCCACCUGAAAGCUCUGCUGUUCCCCCAAAGCUUAGCUCACCAUCUAUGAAUGAUGGCCCAUUCCGGAGACCUCUUAUGCCAUCUCCACACUUUAAACCUCCACCUCGCCCCGGCACAGCUGAUGCCUUUAAAGCUCAGUUGGAGAAAUUCAGGCCAAGGGGAUGUAAUCGCCGUGGAAGGCCAGUGUCUGUGAAGAAAAAUGUUGUUGUCCCGAGAAUACUACCUCUUCUGCCUAAAGCUCCUCAAACUCAAUCUGUUGUUACCUUCCAGGUUUUGCCUCAAAACACUUCUGUACCUGGAGAUUUUCUUCCAAUAGCUCAGUCUCCUAGUAUUCUCAAUUUCACCCCCACUAGUUCAUCAAACUUAUUGCAGUCAUCCAUCCCACAAUUUGUUCACAAAAUUACUGAACCUUCACCACAAGUUGUCACCACUACCACUUCAACUGUUGGUCCUCAAAUUGCAAAAACUAUUCCCAAAGUAACAGGUGCAGAUAUUGACAUUUCAAUGCCUGACUUGUGUGAAAGUAUGGGAACCAAAUCAAAGCCACAUGUAACUGUGCAAGAGCAGUCUAACAAAAACAAAGGUGAUCAGCCACACCAAUCUUGCCAUUUAGUGCAAGACCUUUUCCCUCCUACUUUAGACACUCCAGUCAACUCCCCACCCAGCAUAUCAAACCUACUGGAUUUGUCUCUUCCUUGUGAACUUGGUCUAAACUCAAGCCCACUAAUGGAGACUAAUUUCACUGGAUUAUUGUCUAGCACAGUUGGUCCAUCGUCCCCACCACCUGCAAGUCCGUCAACUUUGUUAAAAGAAGAUGAGAAUCAGUGGCUUAACGCUGAGGACUUUUCACUCAGUAGCUUUUUAGGACAUCUUGAAUCUCCCAUGAAAGCAAAUCCUGAGCCUCUACAAGUAAGCAACCAACAAACUUCAAUAACGUCUGAUGUGGAAACACACAUGCAAUGCCUCAUGACUGAAACUAGUUUAGAUUAUGUUGCAAAGUUUGCUGACCUAGCGGCCCAAAUGGCAUCAGAUGGUGCAAGCAAAAAUUGAAAAGAUUGCAAGUGAUUGUUGGCAGCUCGGAGUAGAUUCAGUCUAGUCAAUCCACAAACCACAAUGUUUUGAAAUAUUGUAGGUAUUGAUUGAUAGUGACAGAGCGAGUUAGGGAGCAUUUGAAAUUGGUCUAUUCAGUGCCAUUUUACAUAUUCUGUUCAGGUAGAAGUUUUAUUCAUUAUUUGCAAUUAUGACUUGAACUGACAUGUUUUUAGGACAGUAAGCCAUUCCUUUCAUGUAUGUGUUUAUUUUAUUUUUUAUUAUCAAAAGAGGGCAUGUAGCACUGUAGGUUGUUGUGUAAGGUAAGAGACACUUAAUAUUGAUUGUUGUAUGCAAGUCCUCUGCAAAUCAUUUUGUGUCUUCUCAAUCAAGCUCUCCCUAAAAUGCAACCCUGAUUGUAGUAAGGAAGAUCCAUUAAAACGACCAGAGUUCUGAGCUGGGUCCAGAAAAGAGGGUGGCUGGGGUCUCUGAGUCUGCGCAGAGAUCCAAAACUCGGCCUCUUUGCAGAAACGACCCAAGCAACCCUCUUGUCUGGAUGCAGCUCCUAUGUCUUUGCCAGGUAAUUUUCUAUGACAAUACUGGUUGUUUUGAUGUGAAUUUUCCCCUCUUGUCUUGGGCUCAAAUCCCUAAAUUUAUUGUCUUAUCAAGAAUCAUGAACUAGGAUGGUGCAUUGACGCAUUGUGUUGCGGCAAUAAUUACUGUUAUGGCAGUGAGAUAGUUGGCCUUCCCCCAACACUAAGUUAAGGGGGCACCCUAGUGUAGCGAGCCUAAAUAGGAGUGAUUUGCGUAAUUAAUUUUAGAGAACCCAUAGUUUCUAGAACAAAACCGAGUAUACCGUUUAGUGGCGCAUACUUUUGACUAUAAAAUGCAAUGCGUAUGACGUCGAUACGCCUAUCCAAAGCUGAGAUAUCGCCUGUAGAAAACGGCACUGCAGCGUUGUCGUCUUGUCAUAGUGUACCGGAUUACGGCCACACCGUUGGGCCGUUGAGGUUCCGAUUUUUUGUGGAUGUUCCUAACACUUGUAGGUAUGGCAUGAACUAGGAUAUCUGGAAUCGGUCACCUCCUUCAUCCCGAAAAAAAAUCAAAGCUAUGAGAUUUUUAGCUUUGUUAAGUUUAAGCUGCUCGAAAAAAUAGUAAAAAUUAUCCGAUUGCAAAUAUCCUAGUUCAUGCCAUACCUACAUUUAUACAGAGUCUAAAAACGCUUUGUUGGACUCUUUGAGACCAACGGCUCGACUUCAAAGAGGUACACCACAAAACGACAACGCUGCAGUGCCGUUUUCAACAGGGGAUAUCUCAGCUUUGGAUAGGCGUAUCGACGUCUUACACAUUGCAUUUUAUAGUCAAAAGUAUGCGCUACUAAACGGUAUACUCGGUUUUACUUCUAGAAACUAUGGGUUCUCUAAAAAUAAUUACGCUAAUCACCCCUAUUUUAGGCUCGCUACACUAGGAUGCGCCCUUAAAUACAGGUCUUGACCAUUUUACUUUCUAAUAACUAAGCUCCAGCUUCCCUUCAGACAUUAGCCAGAAAUAAGCUGGUGAAUGUCUGCAUUAAUCCCAUCAGUUCAAGUUCUGCCAGGAAAAAGAAAUAUUUUCGGACAUUCGCCGGGCACCUUUGGCGAAUGUUACUUUCGCCAGUGACAAACCGGCGAAUGUCCGCGUAAAAUAACUUUCAAAAUUAUAUUCGGACAUUCGCCGGUGACCUCCGGCGAUUCGGACUUUCGCCGGCGAAUGUCAGACAUUCGCCAGCCACCGGACAUUCGCCGUAACACAAACAUUUUAUUACUAAAUUACUAAAGUAUUGUUUACUUAAAGCAGCAAAAAGAAAAA